AUUUUCCAACGAAAUCGCCUGAGUGGGAAGCGCUGAUUUGGCAAAGGGAACAUUAGUCUCCUCGAAAAACCAGCAACGGGAGGGAAAAGACCACGGGAGGGAAAGUCGGGAAGAUGUAAACACUCUGCCCUCGGCUCUCAAAAACGGUGGCUUUAUUGUUAUCCUUUUUUAUUUUUAUUUCUUCUUUCUCGCUGUCGUUUUUUGCCGCCCUUCAGCUCUCGAAUGUAUUUUCUUGCGCACGCUACUCUCCUGUCUGUUCAGCUUACUGAGGGUAAAUGGGAGUUUAGACUAAGUCUCCCCCGCUUCCUUUGAAAGAGCCAGAAGACCAGUGCGACGCGAUCGCCAGACCGCACGACGGGUCCAGUAUCGAAGCCAACUGCAGCCGGGCCGACCGGAACAGCUGCAAUCCCAGGGCGCCCGGCGUCGUCAGAAAUGCCGAUCGGGCCCGAGCCGUCAGCCGGCCCCCGCCUCAGCGCCUGUCCUCCUGUGAAGCUCCGCCUCUUUCCCACCGCAGCCGAACAAAGCAGACCCUGAAGUCCCAGCAGGCCCCUAGGCAUCCUCACUGCAGUACCACCUCCACAGCACCAGGUGGCGCUGUGCAAGCCAGUGAGGGGCUCCUCCCCAACGCAAGACCCACCUUCCACGGUAUGGCACCCAUCCGGGAUUUGGCCAGCCACUCCCAUAACCAGACAGAUCUGAACCACAGCGGUCUGGGGCCUCAGUAUGAGAGCUCCCCCUGGAGCUCGGGCUCUCCCGGCAGCGACUCGGACGGGGGCUGGGGCAAGGCCCUGGUGGACGGGUGCGACCGGGACGGCGCGCCCUGGCCCUCCAUGACGGGCAGCGACCCCGAGCUGGCCUCCGACUCCGCCUCCAGCUCCGGCUCGGAGCGGAACCUCAGCACGGCGGCGCCCGGGGGGGGCGACGGCCGCGGGCAGGAGAACGGGCUCGGCCCGGCCGGCGCGGGCGCGGGGGGGCCGUGGGGGGCGUGCCCAGACCCCGCCGAGAGCCACGCGGGGGGCAAAGCCAGCCCGUGGGGCGUCCUGGGACCCUCGACGGACGGAGGGGCGAACCCAAGCACUUUGAGCCCGGAUGCCAGCCUGGGCGCCUGGCCCGCUCUGCCCAACGGAGGCCCCUGGAGCGCCCCGGGUCCAGACCCGAGCCCCAAGGCGGGCUUCGCCAUCGCGCCCUGGGACGGCAAGCAGCCCGAACCCGAAGCCAACGGUACAAGCAAGCCCCCGCCCGGCGGGCAACCCCCCAACCUUAACACUGAAUCCGACGGACCAAACGACACUACUUCUGCUACUACUAAUGCCACCACCUCUAGUUUACCAAACUCUACCGGUUCGGUGCAGGCCAACGCCUGGCUCCAGGCCGCCCCGGUUUCCAAUGGCAACGGAGAGGGGGUGACGGGCGGUCCUCACAGUACGGGGUGGGGGGCUCCGCCCAGCACCAAUCACACCGGAGACCAACGCCCCGCCCCUCUGGGCCCCUCCCCUCUGGGCCCCUCCCCGGUCGCCGGGUCCUUUGACGGCGACGGCGGGACGGACGUCCCAGGCGGAGGAUGGGGGGAGCGGGAGACCGCGGCCACGCCCAGCCCGAAGCCCUGGGGCGCGACCAGCAGCGGGGCGGCCCCGGCGUCGGUCCCGCGCUCCUGGGGGGGGAGCGGCGCCUCGUCCUCGUCCUCCUCCUCCUCUUCCUCCUCCUCGUCUUCUUCGUCCUUGUCCUCGAACGCCGGCGCCAAGGUGUCCCCCUCCGGCGGCGAGUGGACCGCCCUGCCCAGCCAGAGCCAGCCGCCCGGGGAGGGCGCCAAGGGGGCGGGCAGCUGGCGGUCCCUGGAAGACGACGCCUUCGGGGCGGGGAGGGCCGGGGGGGCCCCGGCGACGGCGGGCAGCCAGGGGGGCAGGUCGUGGGCCAGCGAGGGCAGCGGGGAGAGCGCAGGCAGCUGGGGCGAGCGGGACAGGGACGCCAGCGGCCGCAGGAAGCCCAAACCCAUCCCUGUCCAGGCGCCGCUCGAGAGCUCCCCCUCCAGGUCGGACGUGGACCCGCGGGUCCUCUCCAACAGCGGCUGGGGACAGACCCCGGUCCGGCAGAACACGGCGUGGGACCUGGCCACGCCCUCCGUCCCCGACAGGAAGAGCGGCUGGGGGGCAGGGCCCGCGUCCGGAGGAGGGGGGGGUUGGGGGGACAUGCCCUCUGGGUCCGGAAACGCCCCCGCCACGCCAGGUUGGAGCAACCCCAAGCCCGCCCCCGGGUGGAGCGAUGCCAAAGACCCGGGCAGGCAGGGGAGGUGGGAGAACAACUCCGUCGCCACGGCAACGAUGGGCUCGGCCAAUCACUCCAAUCACUGGGGGGGUGGAGGUGGCAGUAGCGUCCAGGAGGAUCAGUCCUCCAUGUGGGUGAACCCGCAGAAAAACAAGCAGCAGGGAUGGGGUGCGGCUUCAGGGAAUGAGGGAUGGGGAGGCGAGGCGGGCGGGGCCAGGGGGAACCAGUGGAGCGAGCCCCGGAGGGGGGCGGGGUCAGGGUCAGGCGGCUGGGACAGCGACAGCGACCGCUCGGGAUCUGGGUGGGCUGACCACGGCGAGCGUGACUGCGGCAACACCUGGGGCGGCCAGUCAGACAAGAGCAGCCAAUCAGGGUGGAGGGAGCCCAACAACGCCCCGCCCAACAAUCAGAGCCAGGGCUGGGGAGGCGACGCUCCGAAACCCAGCCACCCCGGCCCAUCCCGGGGGGAGGCCAGGCCAUCGGGCUGGCUGGGGGGUCCCAUCCCAGCGCCCCCCACGGAGGGGGAGCCCACGGGCUGGGAGGACCCGUCCCCGGAAUCCAUCCGCCGCAAGAUGGAGAUCGACGACGGGACGGCCGCCUGGGGCAACCCCGGCAACAGCAGCCACGGCAACGUCAACGUCAACGUGUGGGGCAAGGGUGGGGGAGGGGCGGCAGAGCCCGAGCCUCAGGCCCCGCCCACCAGCCACCCUCAGGCUCCUCCCCCUGCCAAGGAGAAGGCUGUGAGCCCAGGGUGGGGAGAGCUGUACAGGCCGCCCCCGAAGGCGGAGUCCUCCUCGUGGGGGGAGCCGCCUCCGCCCCCCGUCUCCGUGGACAACGGCACCUCAGCCUGGGGAAAGCCCAUGGACACGGGUUCGAGCUGGGAGGGGCCAGGCCGAGAGAGCUCGAGGACGAGCGGCUGGGACAGUACCACUGGGGGGCAGCAGCUGCAGCACAAACACAGGCCCCCCAAGCCUAUGCAGGACAGGUGGGGGGGCGGCGAAGACGUGCCCGCGCAGAGACAAGGCCGGCCCUGCUGGGAGGCGGAGGAGGAAGAGGAGGUGGAGAUCGGGAUGUGGAGCAACAGCUCCCCUUCCUCCCAGGAGGCCAGCGCCCCGGGGCACUGGUCCUAUGGCAAGAAGAUUCCCCCAAAGCUAAAUAAAGGAGUCGGAAAGCAAGACGACAACUGGGGGAAUUCACUCGGGAAGCAGUUCAACAACAUGAAUUUUAGGGAGACUUCUGAAGAGACCCUGAAGUGCAAUAAGAUGGACACACCUGGAGGCAUGGAUAAGCGGAUGGAUGGGGACAGGCCCGUGCUGAAUAUGGGCGAGUUUAACGGCAUGAUGGGAAAAGGCCCCGGCCUCCGCCAUCACGUCCCCAAAGAGUCUUCUGCAGACCGCGGCCCCUACUUCGACAAGAAUGUUAGCUCCUUGUUCGGCAGUGGCAAUCCUGGAGCAGGGCAAGGCAGGGGCACUCAGCAGAACACGGGACUGCCUCUGAACUCGUCUCAGCCAACGCUGCGUGCCCAAGUGCCUCCACCACUGCUCCCAUCUCAGGUUCCCCCCUCUGUGCUGAAGUACCCCCUCAAUAAUAGCGCGAUCAGUCCCCUGCUGGGCCCCCAGCAAGUGGCCGUACUCAAUCAGCUGUCCCAUCUCAACCAGCUCAACCAGCUCAACCAGAUCAGCCAGCUGCAGCGCCUCCUGCUGCAGCAGCAGAAGUUGCAGAACCAGAGGAACAUGGCCGCUGGAGUGCGGCAGCAACAGGAGCUGCAGAACCGCCCUAUGGGCUCAUCUCACCAGAUGAUGCCACCACCCCACUCUCGCCACCUGGACCCUUCAAUGAAGUCACAGACUCCUCCACAACCACCACCGUCCCUGCACCAGCCCAAUCUCAAGUCCUAUUUGGAGAACUACAUGCCCCAGAAUGCACCUGACCUUCAGAAGGGACAGAGUUCCUUCAGCAACUUCCCUCUAGGCUUGAAUUCAAACAUGAAUGUAAGCAGUAUGGACAUUGGUGGCGUCGGGUUCAAAGAGCCACAGUCCAGGCUGAACAAAUGGAUAGCCAUGGACAUUUCUGGAAACUCGCAACUCGAUCAAAGCUCCGGCAAACCUGGUGUACUCUCCUCGGGGAUGAGGCUGGAGGACUCCCUCUUCGGUCCGCAGGACUUGAUGGGCUCCGGCCACGCCCCUGUCAGCCCCCCCGGCUCCGUGGGGGACGGCUGGCCCCUCCGUGCCAAAUCACCACACGGCUCCGGCAACGUCACCUGGCCGCCAGAGUUUCGCCCCGGUGAACCAUGGGAAGGAUACCCGAACAUCGACCCUGAGAACGACCCGUACAUCACUCCAGGGAGUGUGAUCAACAAUCUCUCCAUCAACACUGUCCGGGACAUGGACCUCAGGGACAGGAACAAUGGGACAACCUCAUCUCUGAACACCACGCUGCCUUCCAAUAGUGCCUGGCCAUCCAUGCGUGCCUCCAGCUACGCUGGGUCCCUCUGCAGCCCCGCACAAUGCACUUCAGCCAGAAGCGGUGACUCCAAAUCGGCGUGGUCCCCCGGUACGGCCGCCAACUCCUCCCUGGCCCACGAGCUCUGGAAGGUUCCCCUGUCCUCCAAAGCCGUCUCUGGUCCGUCCCGGCCACCCCCUGGCCUCACCAGCCAGAAACAGGCCCACUCCUGGGACACCACCAUGCGCCUCGGAGGCUGGGGGGCCUCAGACUCCAGAUACACCCCGGGUUCCAGCUGGGGCGACAGCAGCUCAGGAAGAACAACCAAUUGGCUUGUGCUGAAAAACCUAACACCGCAGAUUGAUGGCUCUACUCUGAGAACUCUGUGCAUGCAGCACGGUCCACUAAUAACAUUCCACCUGAACCUGCCCCACGGCAACGCUGUCGUGUGCUACAGCUCCAGGGAGGAGGCCGCGAAGGCCCAGAAGUCUCUGCACAUGUGCGUUUUAGGGAACACUACUAUCCUGGCAGAGUUCGCCAGCGAAGAGGAGAUCAGCCGCUUCUUUGCACAAGGUCAGUCCAUGACAGCUGCCUCGCCCAGCUGGCAAGCCAUGGGCACCACCCAGAACAGGAUCGGAACCAUCGAGGGUUCCCAACCUUUCCCAGGCCGCACUGACCCCGCCCACUGGAGCAGUGCCGGGGGCGGGGACCUACAGAGCUCCUCCUCCCUCUGGAGCACAUCCAACUAUCCCACCAGCCUAUGGGGGAGCCCCAGCGGGGGUGAGGGGCGGGGCAUCAGCAGCCCAUCCCCAAUCAACUCCUUCCUUCCUGUCGAUCACUUGGCAGGGGGUGGAGACACCAUGUAGUACAACUUUCACCUUCUGACUUAAAGAACUUUGACCUCAGCGUGUAACAAAUAAUAAUUCAAAUAGAAGACAAGAAAAACAAAUGGCACUAGUCGUACUUUUUUCAGCUACACAAGAAAAAAAAUGGAAAAAAAAAACAAAACAAAAAACAGGGUCAACCUGUGGAAACAAGUUACGUUCUUUCUGCACAUUUUUCCACUCUAUUUUAGCCCAAAACAUAUCAGUUGGAAUACUUGAAUCAUGCUGGCCAAUAUUAUAAUGUGAAAGGAUACAUUUACACUUCCAGGUAGCGGUCUUUUAUGUGUGCGUGUGUGUUUGCGUGUGAGUGUGUGUGUGUUGGGGGGACAAAAAUGCUUCAAAUGAGCUCAGUUAAUGUUUAUUCAUGUUUAUUUGAAUUCCAUUUUUUUUUUUUUUUGUUUUAUCGUGUUUAUUCGCUGACAGUGUUGGAGCAUUGGAGCUUUUUUAACUUUGCACUGAAUGUGUUUUUUUUUCUCAGUAUAAUCUGCAAUAUGGAGGGAGACUUGAGUUCCCCGUGUAGUUGUUUACUCAAGGACGUUCUUAAAAAGCGUGCACGCUCAGUUAUGCCUUGACCCGCGCCAACCAUAUCGCGGUAUCGCGGAGUUCAAGCUCACGAUGUAGAUGCCCGUCUUAGGGGGUCAAUUGAGGAUAAUGAAAGAAAAUGAAACUAGUAUUGCACCGAUUUUUCUUCUUUUUUUUUUUUUGUGAGUGUGUGUGUGUAUAACUAAAGAGUUCAGCAGCGUUAAGAGACUGUAGCAACAGCUGUGACUUGCAAACCUGUCCUGCAAGCCAGGGGGGAACAGCACUUUCAAGCAGGCUUUCGUUGAGUUCCGGAGGUGCCACAUCGCAACCUCUUGUUUACAGACAUUAAAAGGGGGGGGGGGGGGGGGAAGUGUGUUUACUUCCUUCAUUUUAAAAUAGAAAAAAUAUACAAAAAAAAAAAAAAUACACAAAAUUAUAUGGAAGAAAAAAAAAUAAAAAAAUAAAAUAAAUAAAAAAAAACAUAUAUAUAGAGGAUGAAGACGAAGCUUUAUCUCUGGGAAUACUGAUCAGUGUUUUGCCAUGUGUGUGUUUCCCCCCCCCCCCCCCAUUUUUAUCUAUUCCUUUCAUCUGCUAAAUAACAAGCAUGGUUCUCAGGAAACAAUACCCAGAAUCCCCUGCAAGUAGAAAGUCUUUGUAGGAAAGAUCCAACUUUUAGCACUGAAACUACUUACUGCUCAAAGUUUUUCUGCCAAAUACCUGCUUUAAGCUGGAUAUGUUCUACAUACUGCUUUCAAAUGUGCUGUCUUUUUCUUGUUUUUAUUAAUGAGUGCAGUUGGUGUGGCUGAUUUACUAUUUUGUCCUUAUUAUUCCCUUGUUUCCCAUUGAGUGGGUAAGUGAUUAUUUACUGUUAUUUUUGUCGAAUAUUACUGUUGAACUUCUAAUAAGAAAAAGUAGAAAUUGGUAACUAUGCAUACUGUAGCCAAAAGUAUGUGGCUCACAGAAUCACUUUUAUUCUUACGAAGUAUUUUAAAUGUCGGAUUAAUCACAUACACGCCAUUUGCAGUUCUUUGUUCUUGGCACUAAUGGUGUUAUAGAAACAAAUAUAUUUCAAAAGAAAAAAAAGAAAACUGUUUGGUCGAUAUUUUACCAGUGCAGAAUUUGCCCACAUUUCAAUGCCUUGAUUGAAAACUGUUCCAAGAUGCAACGAGUCAAGUGGCUUUUUAACUGUUUACAAAUAGAAUAUGAUUGUAACGUGUUUUUAUUGUGUUCAAAUCUGAAGUUCCUUAUUACCAUAUUAAUAAAUCGUGUUUUGGCUGCUCAUACGCGCUUGACUUUUACACACUGGUUUUUCCCUUUAUAAGGCCUUGUCUGUGUGACUGGAACAGGCUUUAGAAGGCUAGAACAGUGAUGAAUGUAAUCUCUUGCUGGUAGUUUUAAGUACAUCAAUUUAGGUAGUGUACGUUCAUUAUAUAUAUAUAUGUAUAUAUAUAUGUGUGUACAUAUAUAUAUAUAUAUAUAUAUAAUAUAUAUAGAUUGUUCAGUUACAAACAAUGCACAAUUUAUGCUUCAAAGAGAGAUGUCAGCAUUAGGCUAAGCCAUGGACCUUAAUGUUUUUGUUCAUUUCUGUGGUAGCACAAUUUUCCCCUUGUAUUUGUAAGUAUACUCGUGUAAUCUCAUUCAUAUAUAUAUAUAUAUAUAUAUGUAUAUACACACACACACCAUGUUCCGUUUUAAGCUGUCCAGGUUUGAUCAAGUUUUUAAACGUAGUUCGAAAACCUCGAGUAUUGACCCGGACUUCGUGGUGGCAUUCAAGUAUUUGAUCCUCUCGUAACUACGUGCUCUACCAAAUAUGAGUCAGUGGAAAGAUUUUUGUUUACUGAAUUCCAGAUCUUUCUUUUUCUUUUCUCGUUUAACUAGACAUUAAAGAGGAACGUCUGAACCAGGUUGAUUUUUAAGUAAAAUUGAGUUCAAACUGAAACCCUUGGAUUUGCACUCGGUGUUUGCAUAUGUAUAUAUAUAAUAAGCGAUUGGUGUGUACUGUGUAAUGCGGAACGGAGCGCGCGGUGCGGCUGUUUGGCGGGUUCUGGCGCGAGGUUGUCGCUUCGCGCUGUAAAUAGCUGUUCUUUGGUCGGGGUUCUCAGCAGGCCCAGGGUUACUCCGGGUUACCCUGCGUCCUCCCGUCCGUGGGGGCGAGGCUGAGGUGUCUUAAGUCUGGGAGUGGGAAGGAAAGACGCGUUCCCGAGACUUUUUCGCCGGUCUCUGCGACCAGACGCGUUCCGGCAGACGCCUCCGGGGUCCGGGGUAGCCGCGUUCUGUUCCCUGUCAGCUGGUGUUUUUCCUUUUUUUUUGUCCUGUGCAGUUGAAGGUAGCUGAUGUGUGGCAGGAGGAAAAUGGAGCAGCACCCAUAGUUAAUUCCACAUUUUUUUGUCAUUUUAUUUCUGGGGGGGUGGGGGUAGGGGGGGGGUCCGCUUUUUGUAGUGUACGUUUAUCUGUGUAGAGCUGUUAACUGUUGGGAAAACCUGUCUCACUGUCAAUGCCAAAUUGGAGAGGAGAGAGGGGAAAGGGAUCUGAUCUUUUUCUCAAACGCUGGACAAUGCUGAAUAUGCUUGAAACGUCACUUGCAACCAGCAGUUGCAAGAGGGUGCAAUCCCAUUCGCUACUGUGCAGUCUUUUGUAUCACGGAGUAGAAGUGGGGUGGGGUGGGUUAAAAAGCCGGCCAUUCUACUUUCUUAAUGGGGGGGGGGAGAUAUGUCCUUUAUCCUACAAGUGAAUACACGGGUGUCUUUUAAUAGUAUAUGCUGAGGCUACAGACUUUAAGUACUGUGAGAGCAUUGUCGUCUCAUCAUUAUAAACUCUAAAAAAAAAAAAGAAGUAAUAAAAAAGCUUUAGUAAAAACCAGCAGAAAGGAAUGAGUAAGAUGAAUAUUUCAUCUCUGAUGUCCACUAGGGGGAGCGGGAGGGCGCAUUCUCAGAAAGACUAUGCAGUGUGCAGUAAAUCAGACUUUGGUGCCCAUUGGUUUGUAGAAUCCCAACUACAAUAGUCCGAUUUUAUGCCCUCAUAAAAACACGUGUGCCAUGAUUUCACUGUGUAUUUAGAUUUAAAAAAAAAAAAAUUUUAAUGGCCAGUUGCAGUGUACAAAGUAUUCAUUUGCAAUUUACCAUUCAAGUGCAACCUGAAAGUGCACAUUCUCAGCUGAAAGUUUUAUUAAAAUGGAAAUUUAUUUUAAAAAUUAAAUAAAGCCCGCACAUCAGAUUGUUAUGCACAUUGCUUUGUUGGACUGUUCAAACAGUGCACAGAAAAACCACAUCAAUAACAAACCAUCUUCAACAAGCAGGAACUACCUUUUUACGUAUUCCUGGGGUAUUCUGGGAAUUUUAUGUGGGGGUGGGGGGGACUGCACUUUUUUGAAGGACAAUCUUUAUUUGUACCGAUAAAUUGACAAAAGAAUUAGUCUAAUACUCAGCUGUGAUGAAUGUUUCUAUUGAUGCUGUCUUUUUGUUUUAUUUUGUCCUUGUUGCUUGCAUUUCAAUUUUAGUGCUAGUAUGUGGAUAUGUAAUGAGGUGUGUAGAUCAGGCAUUUUAUUGACUGUAUUUGUUAGACUGAUAACUGUGUGUAAUGUUUUGCUGAUCUCAGCAUCAGAAAUACCAAGCUGUGUAACUUGGGUAUAACCCACAAUAAAUCUUUAACAGUGA